AUGAAGUUUACAGAGGAACCGUACGUGAAAUCCCUCAACGGACGGGGCUACGUCCAGGGGGUUAUUCAUUCUAAAGAGAAUACACCAGUCUGUCUGUCAUUCACGGGAGUUCGAUAUGCUUUUCAAACAAAGCGAUGGGAAAGAGCCACCCCUCUUCCAAAAUCCUUCACUUACGGCACUAAAGAGGAACCCGCUCGGUGUGACAUGGGAUCAAAAGUCUAUCCCCAAUUAGAGUGGGAUGGCGGAUUCAAGGAGGAUUCAUGGAGUGAGGAUUGUUUCCAAGUCAAUAUAUGGGUGCCAAGUGAAGAACCACCGGCGUGCGGAUGGCCGGUUUUAGUAUUCCUCCAUGGUGGGUGGCUUCAGUCUGGCACGCCCAAUGACUUCAAACCGUCAGCUUUGAUUUCAGAAGGGUUUAAGGCUAUUUUCAUCCUACCAGCCUACCGACUCGGUGUUUUUGGGUUCUUUUACUGCACGCAGCUUGAAGAGGAAACGGGCGACACUUCAAAUACAGUUGGAAAUCUCGGUUUCUGGGACCAGCGAUUGGCUCUUGAAUGGGUUUCGGAGAAUAUUUCUCUUUUUGGAGGCAACUCAGACAACAUCACCCUUGCGGGUUAUUCAGCAGGAGCUUACUCGGCUUUCCAUCAACUGGCAUACGAACUCAACCUGUGUAAUAGCAAUAUUAUCAAGCGUGUCUGCAUGUGGUCUAAUGGACCUGGUGUCCAGCCUAAGACACGCCACCAGGCACAGCUUCAAUCUGAGGAACUAGCUGCGGCGCUGAAUAUUCCACCAGUUUCUCCUAGAGAAACACUCGAGAAAUUAAGAAAUAUUCCUUCAAAAGAGCUUUUGACAGCCGCUCUCUCAAUCCACACCCAUCAAUUCCGUCCUAUAACUGAUGGGGCAUUCAUCAGGUCAGGCCUUAUUCAGAAUUUGGAUGAAUUUGCACGACAAUUGAUUGAACGUCGCGUCCCUCUGAUGAUCGGGGAAUGUAAAGAUGAGCACUACCUGUACGGACUGUGGAAGCCUCCUAAAGAAGAUAGUAGGGAAGGACUGCGUGAACGCCUGAUAGCAGAUUAUCCGGCACAAAUUGUCAACGGGCUGAUGAAUAUCUACACCCCGACUGAGACGCUGCCGUCCCGCUUCAACAAUUGGGUGCAUGCAUUUGCGGUAAUUUAUGCCGACAUGCAAGUGCACAAGUUGCAACGGGGCCUUGUGAAGACAAUUGCCCAGGAGGGCGGCGAAGAACUCUUGUAUCGAUAUCGCAUUGAGUUUCGGAUGAAAUGCGUCGAUCAAUUUCUUCCGCCUGAGGCAGGCGUAACGCAU